GGAACUCUCGCGAGAGUGGUCGGUCCAAAAUGGCGGCUCCGCCGGAGGAGGAGAGUCUGGAGGCGCAGCUGAGUCAGCUGUAUAUCUUGUGUCUGUUUUGAGAUGGAAAAGAAUGAAGAUAAAGCCACAAAUCCCUUAAACCGAGAGCUGGAAUGGGACUCGAUUAAAGCAUUUUGUGACCAGCUGAACAAGGAAUUAGAGGGACCCCAGCUUGCUACAAGAUUUCUGGCACAUAAGAUCCAGUCCCCACAAGAAUGGGAAGCAAUUCAAGCCUUAACAGUCUUGGAGACAUGUAUGAAAAACUGUGGCAAAAGAUUUCAUAAUGAAGUAGGAAAGUUCAGAUUUUUGAAUGAACUCAUCAAAGUGGUGUCGCCCAAGUAUCUUGGGACACGAGCACCUGAAAAAGUAAAAAAUAAAGUCCUAGAACUGAUGUUCAGUUGGACAGUGGGUUUACCAGAUGAACAGAAGAUCACAGAAGCUUAUUCCAUGCUGAAAAAGCAAGGAAUUAUAAAACAGGAUCCUGUGUUACCUCAUGAAGAGCCUCUUCCUCCACCACCCCCACGUUCAAAGAAUGCUAUGUUUGAAGACGAGGAAAAGUCAAAGCUAUUGGCAAGACUACUGAAGAGCAGGCACUCAGAGGACCUCCGAGCUGCAAAUAAGUUAAUCAAGGAGAUGGUCCAAGAGGACCAGAAAAGAAUGGAGAAGAUUUCCAAAAGAGUGAAUGCAAUCGAAGAGGUGAACAACAAUGUUAAACUACUGAGUGAGAUGCUGGAGAACUACAGCAAAGACGAAACCUUGGAGAGUAAUGAAGAAAUAAUGAAGGAAUUGUACCAGCGAUGUGAGAAGAUGAGACCUACACUGUUCCGAUUAGCGAGUGAUACUGAGGAUAAUGAUGAAGCACUAGCUGAAAUCCUCCAAGCAAAUGACAACUUAACACAAGUUAUUAACAUGUAUAAGAAGAUAGUGAAAGGGGAAGAAAUUAAUGGGAUGACUGAACUGCCAAGCAUUAAAGCCAGCAGUUCUGCUCUACUGGAUCUCUGUGGGUUGGACACGGGUUCAAGUGGUCCUUCUUACCCUUCUGCCCCCGCCAGUCAAAGCUGGAACACUGAUCUGUCACAUGAUCUCAGCAGCUCAGUAUCAUUACUGGAUGAUGAAUUAAUGUCAUUAGGACUGAAUGACCUAGUUCCUAAUGCAAUAUCUUCAUCCCAGGUUGAGUCGAGCAAUUGGAAUACAUUUCAGUCCUCUGAGUCUGAUGAGCUGAGUGCUCCUGGAACAUCUGUAGAGGCCAGCACAACAUCUUCUGAGUUGCUGAAGCCAACUGCUGUGACUGCCUGCCACCAAAGCCCCACCCCUGCCAGCGCUGCAAGUAAAGCUCUAGAUGAUCUGGAUAUGUUGGGGAAAACUCUCCUUCAGCAGUCCUUGCCUCCAGAAUCUCAGCAGGUUAAAUGGUCUGCUCCACCCCAAAAACAAACUCUUCGAGAUCUCCAGAACAAAGCCAGCACCAACUCAGCAACUGGCUUGGGCGUAGCACCACUUUUACCUGCUUCAACCAAGAGCGUCUCACCAAUGUUAGCAAAACCCAUCUCUCCUGCAGGCCAUGUCUCUCAACCUGAUCAACCAUUUGGGUAUGGUUCUUCAGUCUCUUCAGCAUCUGCUGAUGAGUCAAACAUUGGACAGCCUGGGGUUCAGCCCAGUGCCCUAGGAGGACUGAAACCAUCAUCGCAGUCUCAGCAGGAAAUCUCACUAACUCAUGUUCUGGUACCUCUAGAAUCAAUUAAACCAAGUAGUAUCCUGCCCGUCACAGUAUAUGACAAGAAUAGCUUUCGUGUUUUAUUUCAUUUUGCAAAGGAUCCUCCAUCCGGCCAGCCUGAUGUUUUAGUGGUCGUUACUUCUAUGAUAAGUACAGCACCACAACCUGUCAAAAAUAUAAAAUUCCAAGCUGCUGUACCUAAGGUCAUGAAAGUGAAACUACAGCCUCCCUCUGGCACAGAACUGCCAGCAUUUAACCCUAUAGUCCCACCCUCAGCAAUUACACAAGUCCUACUGCUAGCAAACCCACAGAAGGAGAAAGUCCGUUUACGAUACAAGCUCACGUUUGCAUUGGGCGACCAAACCUUCAAUGAAAUGGGAGACGUGGAUCAGUUCCCACCUCCAGAGUCCUGGGGGAGCCUCUAACAUGGACACAAAGCAACACUACAUAGUACUGCUGCUCUGUCGUUAGGAGACCACCAACGUUUUGCUAUUAGGGUGAAUGAAAGGAGCGACCAUAAUUUAAAAAUAAUUCCUGAAGCAGUCAAUUUCUGAUUUCUAAGGCAGAUCUUACGAAACAACAAAAUGGUCUGGAGUGAGACCUCAGUUCUGCUACUGAGCAGAACUUUAUGAUUCCCUGUUGUUAACUAGAUAUGUCAAUAUAGUCCCCUCCCUGUGUGCAAUGGUGAUGUCACGAGGAUUCUAUAUAACUUUAUUCAGUAUGUGAUAAAAUUGUUCAAGUUUUAUUCUAAUGUUUCAAUGUCUACUUUUUCCUGAGCAAUUUGUCAGCUGCUGUCCACUCUCUUCUGGAGUUUAUUUUGUCUGCAAGCUGAAUACCCAAGUCAAGGCUAGAACACAGCUGAAGGGUUCAAAUCAGGCAUCAGAGUUAUCCACUGGUGUUUAAUCUAUUGACCUGUGCUGGAAAAUGUAUCCCUGAGCAGCAACACUGGAAACUCAGCAGAUCAGGCAGCAUCUAUGGAGAGAAAUAAACAGGCUGAGACCCUUCAUCUUUUCUAUAGAUGGUGCCUGACCUGCUGAGUUUCUUCAGCAUUUUGUACGCUGCUCUGGAUUUCCAAUAUCUGCAGGUUCUCUUGUUUAUGAUUUAGUGCAUCCCUGAUAUUGAGUAAAGUCAGAGUCAGGACUUGGGCUCCUGUUGUUGAUGAAGCUAGGACAUUGGGGUAAAUCUAGAUGGUAGAGGAGAGGUUAGAUAAAACCCAGCAAGCCCCUUUUGUGGUUAAAUCAUUUUUAAGACCUUGGUCAAAAUGGUGAGAUAAUGGUUUUUCAUCUCACACAGAUGCAGAAUCAAGAUUUUGUUUCUUGAGAUAAUUUGUUUUUGUUUUAAGAAUCUUAUUUGUUUGAUAAUGUGUAGUGUGGAUAUAUGAAUUACUGCUAUGUACCCAUUCCUAAGAAAUGUUUGGAAUGCAAUAUCUCGAACCCAAUCUUACAGUUCCAGUUUCCUUAUUGGGAGUGCAACAGUGCAGGCUCAGCCACACAACACCUAGAUAUUUAAUUAGAACUCUGAUUUAGUUACCUGAAGGAGUUUAAUGUGUUCACACCCACACUAUGGAUACUUGUCAUUUACACUGAGGGUGUUCUGUGAAUGUCAGCUCAAGCUCUUCUGCUUAUGUAAGUACAAAUGGCCCAGCCUCUGAAGAUUCAGUAGCAUGCAAACCGUGGUCACGUUAGCAUUGCCUAUUCUGGUCUAUAAUGUACAUGGAACCAUUUCACUACAUUUGAGAUAGCAAGCAUUUGGCGUUGUCUGCUUGUCAGUUCCAGCUUCUUUCUCUCUUGCAGAACUUUUGACUUAUUCGUGCAAGAGUAAUGAUACUGUGUACAUUUUUGAAGUGUGCCUUUUUCCCCUUCUGCUCUAUCUUUCCAAUGUAAAAGUGGCUCAGCUAAAUAAUGUAAUCUUGGUCCUGAUUUACCACCUUGAGAUGCAAACACUAAGUGCUUUCACUUUACUGGAGUGGAUUCACGGAACAUGGUAAAACAGAAUUGUGGGGAUUAGAGGCUGAAAACGCUGCUUUCCUCUAUAAGCAGGUUAUCCUUAGUUGCUGUAUAUAUCCCUGUCUUUGUACCGUAUACUGGAUUCAGGUGUAUGCCAUGAAUCUGAAGUAACUGCUACUUUUUCAGUUAAGGGUACAUGAAAUGCAAAAUUUGGAACCAGUUUUCUUAUCAAUCCUACCUUUUAUAUAAGUUCCUGUAGAACAGGAGUUGCCAGUGAAAAACGAAAUGCUGAUUCUGUACCUCUGAUGUGCAAAAUUGUGAUAAAUGAGGAAAGGUUGAACCUUUAAAACCUGACUAGUGAUAUGCCUUACUUUUUUAAUGUUCCUUAAAUUUUACUUGGUGCCUGUAUUUAUUAUGAGAAAACCUGCAGAUGCUGGAAAUCCUAGUAACACUCACAAAAUGCUGGAGGAACUCAGUAGGCCAGGCAGCAUCUAUGGAAAAGAGUGAACAGCUGAAGUUUCAGGCUGAAACCUAUAAUCAGGACUGGAGAAGAAAAGGUGAGAAGUUAGAGCAAGAAGAAUGGGGGAGAAGAGGAAGAAGUACAAGGUAGUCAGUGAUAGGUGAAACCAGGAGAGGCUGAAGCUAGAACGUCAAUUAGGGCUGGAGAAGGGGAAUCUGAUAGGAGAGGACAGAAGCCACGGAAGAAAAAGAUGAGGGAGGAACACUAGAGGGAGGUGAUGGGUAGGUAAAGAGAUAAGAUGAGAGAGGGAUUUCCCUCAGGUGUUCUGCCCCAUGCCCUUUCUUCUGUGGCCUUCUGUCCUCUCCUGACAGAUUCCCCUUUAUCCCUUUCAUCAGUUGACUUCCCAGCUCUCUACAUCACCCUUCACCCUCUCCCAGUUUCAUCUAUCAGCUACUACCUUUACUACUUCCUGUCCUCAUCAUUUUUUUUCCAGUCCUGAUGAAGGGUCUCGGCUUAAAACUUUGACUGUUUACUCUUUUUCAUAGGUGCUGCCUGGCCUGCUGAGUUCCAUCAGUAUUUUGUGUAUGUUGCCUGUAUUUACAAUUUGAUUACUGGAGGACAAAGAAAAGCUUCUUUGCGUCACACACAGAAUGCUGGAGAAACUCAGUAGGUCAGGUAGCAUCUACGGAGAGGAAUGAAACAUUGACAUUUCAGGCUGAGACCCGUCAUAGGAAGGGUCCAAAAUGUCAACUUUCCAGCAUCAGCAGAAUCUCUUGUGUUUAUGAUUUCCUUUGUCAGUAAGCAGAAUAUUGUUAUGCACAAGGUCUAAGCUUUCACCUCUUCAUGCUUUUAAUUAUAAUCAAUCACUUCUGUUUUUGUUGGAAACUGGAAUAAUGAUCACUGAAAUUGUAGUGUGUACAGUUAUCAUGCAGGUUUUUCAGACAUGAAAAUUUUGACUUAUGGUUCAUAAUUCCAGUUUGCUUAAUUUCAGUUAUCUGACAACUCUUUUUAUAUAUGCAAUCUCUCUGUACAUUUUAUGUUAUUUUUAAUCAUUCACUGUCAGCUAAAUAGAUUAUCCAGUUCGCCUAAUGAAAAUGUGUGGGAUCUUGUGAACUGUCACAUUUCUUCACAUUACAACAUUGAAAAUAUGUUGAAAGUGCCUCAUUUCGGGGAUUGCUUGAGUGUGUUUCACGUUUGAGUUACUUUAACCUUUUUAGUGUAGGGAAGAAAUUACGCCACAGUUUUGAGCAGACAGUAAUCAAAUAAAGCUACAGAAAGCCUUCCUUUGCAUCACCAGGAAUCACAGUCAUAAAAGUGAUCUGUUUCACCCCUUCCAAUACCCAUAGAUGAAAUUAGUUCAGCCUUCAAAAGGCAGAAAACUGUUCCAUUGGACUUGUUUCUUGAGCAUUUGAGAAGAAUUUCCAGAGAACCGGCAAAAUAGUUCUUUGCAUUGUAAAGUCAGGUGUGAACUACACAGUCCCGCCAUCCUGUGUACAAAGCUCCUCUCUGCCUCUCUCCCCUUGCAACUUUCUGCUUCUUUAUCCCUGCAGUUUAUUCCCUCCCCCUCCCCCCUUUAUCUUUCCUCUGAUUGGUUUUCCACCUGGCACCUCUAGGCCCUACCCCCUCCUCUAUCUCUAUUACUGGGCUUCGGCCCUCUCUUCCCCGAUGAAGGGUCUCAGCCCGAAACGUUGGCUACUCUCUUUUUCACGGAUGCUGCCUGACCUGCUGAGUUCUUCUAGCGUUGUGUACGUAUUCUCAGAUUGUCCAUUGGUGGGCCAGUGAUAGGUUAAGGUGCAAAACAAAACAUAGCUGGAGCUGCACAGAGGUUUGGUCACCACCUGCAGAAGUAAACGACAUUUCACCCUGCAGAAUUGAAAAUAUAUGUUAAAGUCAGUAGAUUGUGUGGUGGGGACAGUGUACAGCUUUAUCAAGAAUGGAUCAUCACACUCAUACUGACAAACUGUACUGUAAAUACCCAAAAAUAGGAAAGGCAUAACAAUGAGGAUAUGGGCGAGGCCUUUUGCGCAGAAUGUAUGAGAAACAAAUGUUAUUUUAGUUUUUGAGUUUAAAUGCAGCCAUUAGCUGGGGUCCUGUUUAAUUUCCAAAAUAAUUUGAUAACUUAAUUUAGAACCAUAUUUGAGAGUCAUGUAGGUACUGUUGGUUGUUAUUACAAAUGCAAACUUUGAGCAACAGUAUGCCAGUGUCCUUGGUAAUAUUUAACCAAGAUUAAUUUAUCAUUUUUAAAAUACAAUUUUUGUCAGAGGGAUUUGCACAAUUACUUUGAUCAGAAAUUGAGGAUCACAGCACAUCUUUGAGGCUUGUUCUUACAAUAUCAAGGGAGACAAAAUAAAGUCUGAAGUAGAUUAAAACAGUAAAUGCUGGAAAAGCAAUAUCAUAUGAGCAUAUUCUUUAAACUUAUUUCAAUAGUUCAAUAGCACAUGAAGAGCAAGAGCUAUUUUUAUGUUUCUGAACUCUUCCUUUCUGUAAUUGUACCGUUCUCAGUCAUCAAAUUGAGCCAAGUAUGUUGUGAGGCAGAUUUGGAAAAACAAUACACUACAUUGCACCAGAUUGUCAGAUAUUUGAGUGUGUGAUGGUCCAUGCAGGCAGCAUCAGGAAAUUUAUCGUGCUAGUUUUUAGUGAGCGGACAGUAAGUUAACCAUUAGAUCAGCCCAAAAUGGCAAGUAGCUUCACAGGUGCUGUCAGCAGCUUGUCUUACAUUUCCAGAGUGAAGCCCUUGUUCUUCUAACCUCAUAUGUACAUGGUUUGUAUCGUGAGUUACAAUGUGGAAAACAUGUCUGUGCAUUGUAUGAAAAGCAGUCACUAAUAGUGAAACAUGAGACUCCCAGUAAUUAUGUAACAAACACAAAAUGCUGGAGGAAUUCACCAGUCCUGAUGAAGGGUUUCGGCCCAAAAAUCCUCCAGCAUUUUGUGUGUUUUACUUUUCAUUUCCAGCAUCUGCAGAAUCUCUUAAUUUUAAAUAAUUGUGGGGCAUUCCUAAAAUGGAAACAUGCUCUGGCCCAGUAUUUCAACCCCCAUUUACUUUCAGAGACCUGAUGACUGAUUUACUUGACGUUGGUCAAGUGACUGUGUACUGUAAUCAAAUCCAACAGCUGCCUUUAAGCUUGCUUUCCACAUGGUCCAGCAAGCAAUCUAAGAACUCCUAUGUGUACGCACAAAAGCCACAUGCAAAGCAAUUAAAGCCUAGUGUAAUUUUUAUUUUCUUGGUGGAGUAUCUUAGAAACCUGCCUGUCUGAAGCUAGUCAUUUGCUACCAUUGGUCUGUGGCGAAUUCAUGAGAAAUCCACCUGCAUUGUGUCUGGACUAGUCUGCAAUGAAAUUGGGGGGAAACGUCAAUUACAUAUAUGUGAAUUUCUUUGUACAUUUUGCCCAAAGGGUGAGAAUUCCCUCCAUAUUGAGUAGACUGCGAUGUAAAUUUAAUUAUCAUGCUGACUCUCUGAAGACACUAAGUUGGACUGUGCCUGAGUCACAGUGAGCAAGUAGGACGAGUUGUUCCAUCAUUAUUGUCCACUUAAACCCCAGAGAGGAGUGUAGAAACGUGGAAGUGAUCCAUCCACUGAGUCCAGGAGAUGCCAUUGACUCAAUGUGGGCCAGAAGUAGAAUGAAUUCAGACCUACUUCUCCAGUUGUAGCUACCAUCAGCCAACUUGAGUGCUGUCAGGCUGCUGAACACUCUUAAGUAACUGAUCAUUAAUCCUGUACUCAGUCUUCUGGUUUGUCCUUCCAAAAUACAUCACCUCACACUUGUCCAGAUUGAAUUCCAUCUCCAUCUGCCAUUUUUCUGCUCAACUCUGCAGCCUGUCUAUAUCCUCUUGUAACCUUCGACAACCUACAGCUCCAUCCACAACUCCUCCAAUCUUUGUGUCAUCCGCAAACUUACUCACCCAUCCUUCCGCCUCUACAUCCAGGUCAUUUAUAAAAUUCACAAAUAGCAGGGCUCCCAGGACAGAUCCCUGCAGCACUCCACUAGUCACCGACCUCCAGGCAGAAUACUUUCCUUCCACAACUACCCUCUGCUUUCUUCCUUUAAGCCAAUUUUUUAUCCAAACAGCCAAGGUUCCAGUUAUCCCACUCCUCCUAGCUCCUGACUUGCACAUGCAGGGACUCCAUGUAGGUUAACAGGUUAUCUCCCAACGUGCAUACGCCUUGUUGGUCAGUUUUCAGGCCAUAUGUUGUUUGUUACCAGCUAUUAGUUCUUGUGAAGUCUCUGCAGCAAUGUUCUCACUAAGAAGUGGUAUCUGGGCUAUAGUAACUUAUUUUUUUACCCCUGUCGCUGAAUUCACAAAUGUCUAAUUGAUUCAAGGAUCCCUCCUACCACAGUCUUUCUUUGUUCAAAAUCCAAUGUGCACUAAAUGGGUUAUGCAUUAUUUAUCAGGUGGUGUACUCAAAUAAUAUGCAAGGAAUUGCAACAAAACGAACACUAGAUAAAAAAAGAAAGGUUCCUGUUAAGUGGCUUUUAACAAAACACCAGCAAAAUAACUUGCCAUCUUGAGUAUGGAGUGCUGUGGUCCAGGACUAAGGUACACUGGAUGGGCUGAACAGGGCCUGUUCUGUGCUGUAGUGCUCUGUCUUUAUCUGAACCUUUGUGAAGAUACUUUAACCAGUUCCCAUGACACAUUAUGUUGUGUGUUGCACUUUGGUGUUAACCUGAGAUCCUACAAACACCAUUCUCCACUAUUUUUCCUCAUUUUGUUUUUGGACCUUUGUAGGCUCUGAUAGGAAUAGAUUCUUGACCCACAGAUGCUCAUAGAAUCGAUUAAGAUUAAUGCCUUGGAAUGCACUGAAGGUACGAAUUUAAUUGUAAUAAUGACCAUCAACCAGGAGAGAAUUGUAUGUAACCAAGUGAUGCCUUUCUUUCCAGAAGGGAGACAUAUCCAAUACUUUCAAAGUGCAGGACUUACCCAGGUUGUGUAGGGUCUGCCUCAGAAAGUGAAAAUGCUUUUAGUUUGACUGCAGAUAUGCUGAUUCCUUUUUAAUGUUGCACAUCCACUUGUUCUACUAAUCCCUUGCUUGGGGUCUGUAGAACUAACUUGUGUAUAUAUUUAUAUGGUCUUUCAGAAUUAUGUACAUUAGAGCAAAGAUGUAUUUAUGGGAAAUUAUGUUUUCUUUUCAGGAUUGAGUCGCAGCGAUGUGCUCUGGGCCUGCCUUUCUUUAUGUAUAUUUUUCAAUAAAUUGCUCAAAGUCA